CCGUGCCUGUGCGUCUGUGCGAGCAGAGAGCGGCGGCGGAGCGGAGAAGACGGAACGCUCGCGGCCUAAAUCACGCUCCCAAAUCUUUUUGAUUCCAACUAACCCAAUCAUCUAAUCGCACCUCCUACCGAACCCCUGCCAUGGCAUGCCACGUACGCGACCUGGCCACCCAAUCUGUGGCCUGUGGCCUGUGGCUGUGGGCAGUAAGACGACAGGCAUAAGUUUUGACUGUAUUGUAGUUGUAGCCUUGUAGGCUUGCCGGCUGCGGCUGCUCAGCUCUACGUUGUUCCGGAACCUUCUGCUUCGCCCGCCGUCACGCGACCGCGAGCACCACCGCUAGCAUAAACCGGCGACGAACCCAAAAGUCAGGCAUCACUGCGAGCCAAGUAUAGCAAGGCGCGGAAAGGCGUCGAGUGGAGUGGCUGCGGUGCCUGCCCGUCUAUCUUCGGGGAGCGUCUGGGGUUGCCGGCGGGGAGGCCAUGGACCGGGGUCGAAGCGAGAGCGGCCUGCGGUCGCACGGGUCCGGCAAGGUCUCCUCUCGGCCGGGGUCGGGGUCGCUUGCGUUCCCGGAGGAGCAACGGUGCAGGCACGACGAGUUUGGCGACCGCCGCAGCAUGACAGAUGCGACGGCUCCGCAAGGCGGCACGGCUGCGCCGACGUCAGCGCACAGCACCGCAGCCCGCACGAGAGAACCUGCCCUUGCACGGGAGCACCGCGCGAGGAUGGGCCUCGGACAAAUACUGUUCCCCACAACCACAAGACUGAACUGCACCAAAACGUGGAGCUCGGACACGGACUCUGGACUCGGACACGAACACGGACACCGAGUGGAACAGGAGCUCGGACCCGGACUCGGACACGAACACGGACACCGCGUGGAACAGGAGCUCGGACACGGACUCUGGACGCUUCAAUCCCGUGUGACUAGAUGUUAGAAUACCAAAACGUCGUUGGGGGACGGUUGAAGCUGAAGGGUAAAGCGCUGGACGUGAAAGAUGGUGGAGUAAAGAAAAAGAAGAAGUACCAGCAUGAGAAGUCGUCUCAGACUGAAUCUGAUAAGAAUAGAGAUGAAGAGAACCCACAUCUUGACUAUGACCAUCUCACACCAGCAGAGCGCCGAUACAUGAAACAGAAGCAGAAGAUCGACAUGCAGAAGAUAGCCAAAGUCGCCAACAAGUCACACAAGGACCGCAUGCAGGACUUCAACCAGUACCUAGCUAAGCUCAGCGACCACUACGACGUCCCUAAAGUUGGUCCUGGCUAACAUGGCCAAUCUAGCUGUGUUACGCACGAACAAUUGUAUGCUGUGUGGGUCUAUCUAGUUUUCUAUUAGCAUUUUAUAUAUCGUUUUACAGUUGUUGUAAAACGACUUGUUGCCACCAGCAAACAAUAUUUAUUUUCAAAGGCUUGUUCCAA